UGUUGAGCGGCCGUCCCGCAGCUCCGAGUCCGGCUGUCAGGAUGUGCUGGCGGCUGUCGGCGGUGUUCGUGUCCGCGCUCCUCGGCUCGCUGCGGUCCUCCUCCGCGGACUCGUACGUGCUGAGCGACGACAAGGGCCUGGGGAGGGACUUUGACGGGAUCGGGGGUCUGAGCGGCGGAGGGGCCACUUCCCGGUUACUGGUGAACUACCCGGAGCCGUACCGGAGCCAGAUCCUAGAUUACCUGUUCAAGCCAAACUUUGGGGCGUCUCUGCACAUCCUGAAGGUGGAGAUCGGAGGAGACGGACAAACCACCGAUGGAACCGAGCCGUCACACAUGCACUACGAGGACGAUGAGAACUACUUCCGAGGAUACGAGUGGUGGCUGAUGAAGGAAGCCAAAAAGAGGAACCCUGACAUUGUUCUGAUAGGUUUACCGUGGUCCUUCCCUGGAUGGCUGGGCCAUGGAAAGGACUGGCCCUACGACUUCCCUGACGUCACAGCGGACUAUGUGGUGAAAUGGAUCAUCGGGGCCAAGAAAUACCACGACCUGCACAUUCAAUACGUUGGGAUCUGGAAUGAGAGGAACUUUGAUGCCAAGUACAUCAAGCUGCUGCGGUACACUCUGGAUAAGAGCGGUCUGGAGGAGGUCAGGAUCAUAGCCAGCGACAACCUGUGGGAGCCCAUAGCUCAAUCGCUGCUGCUUGACCCUGAGCUCAGUGGAGCUGUAGACGUGAUAGGGGCUCACUAUCCGGGUACAAACACCGUCCCACAGGCCCUGAAGACCCUGAAGAAGCUGUGGUCUUCAGAGGACUACAGCACCUUCAACGAUGACGUGGGCGCCGGCUGCUGGGCUCGCAUCCUCAACCAGAACUACGUCAACGGACACAUGACUUCAACCAUCUCCUGGAACCUGGUGGCCAGUUACUAUGAGGAGCUGCCGUUCGGCAGAUGCGGUUUGAUGACGGCUCAGGAGCCGUGGAGCGGGAACUACGUGGUGUCUCAUCCCAUCUGGAUCACCGCCCACACCACCCAGUUCACACAGCCGGGGUGGACGUACCUGCAGACUGUGGGACACCUGGCUAAAGGAGGAAGCUACGUCGCCCUGACGGACGGCAAAGGAAACCUGACGGUGGUCAUCGAAACUAUGACUCAUGAUCAUUCGGUUUGCAUCCGUCCUCCUCUGCCUGCGUUUAACUUGACGUCUCAGACUGCAACUUUCAACCUGCAAGGAUCCUUUGCUUCCGUAAAGGAGCUCCAGGUGUGGCGAUCGCAGUUCAACUUCAAGACUCAGAAACCUUCGUUCUUUGAGAAGCUGACAGCGGUGAAGCUGGUAAACGGAUCGUUCACUCUGGAUCUGGCUGAAGACGAGGUCUACACGCUGACCACCAUCACCACGGGGACCAAAGGCAGCUACGCUGACCCCCCGCCGUCCGCCCGCUUCCCCAAAGCUUACAAGGACAACUUUAACGCUCAGGACCCUCCGUUCUCUGAGGCUUCAAACUUUGCUGACCAGACGGGUGUGUUCGAGUACUUCAUGAACACGUCCGACCCCGGACCGCACGUCUUCACCAUGCGGCAGGUCGUCACCCAGAGACCCGUCACCUGGACAGCCGACGCUGACCAGACCAUCAGCGUCAUCGGAGAUUUUCAGUGGAAGAAUCUGACCGUCACGUGUGACGCCUUCAUGGAGAACGUUAAGAAUGGCGGCGUGUUCAUCGCAGCCAGAGUGAGUAAAGGAGGCGAGGAGGUGCGGCGUGCUAAAGGAGUCUUCUUCUGGGUUUUCGCAAACGGCACCUACAGCGUAACCUCAGAUAUCGGCGGGCAGACGGUCGUCACUCAGGGGAAGUCGGGGACCGAAGCAUUUACCUGGUACACGUUAUCCCUGACUGUGCAGGGUCAGAAAGCCUCCGGGACGCUGAACGGAAAGCUGCUGUGGACCAGCAGCGUGCCGGUGGAGCCGCCGAACGGCUGGGCUGCGAUCGGAACCGCCUCCUUCGAGCUGGCUCAGUUUGACAACUUCUCUGUGGUGGCUGAGUGAUGAGGUCACAGGACCAAGCCAGAAUACUUGACCUCUCUGAACAUUUGUGUUUCAUGGGAGAAACGGGACGUCACUGCUCUACUGUCUUACAAAUGAUUUUUGCACUGGUUGUUUUUUUAUGGUUUUUGCUGCUUUUUUAAAUGAAUGUGAUGAAAAAGUGAUGAUAAAAAUCAAGUGUUUUUCUACAAUCACUUUGCACAUCGUGUGACCUAACUUGACCUAAAUCAUGUGACCUUUACUUCUUAAAAGUUGUCAAUUUUUUUUUUUUAUGUUUUUAUUUUUUUAUAUUUUACUGAUUUAAAAUGUGUCUUCAUCUAUAAUUCUAUGAUUGUGUGUGACUAUACUUUUUAGGGCCAAUUUCUUGUUUUAUUUCAUUGACCGGUUUAAUUCUUUUGUGUAAUAAAGAGGUUUUCACCAUCAAAA